GUUCCUAUGUUUAGAAUUUGUUUGAGCAAGAACCUUGUCGUCGUCAUCUUCAACGAAAGUCAUCUGAAGCGGAGCAAAAUCAGCGGUAGGAGAGAUUUUGCAUUCAUCUGCGAGAUUAGGGAGUGAAACAGAUGGGAGAAGGAGGCGAAGAAGCGAAAGGGGCAAACGAAGGAAACCCUAACUCCAAAGAUCAUGAUAAUCAAACUAAUCUACAGCUGUUAAACGAGAAAGGCGCUUCCAGAAAGGGUAAAUCAUGCAAAGGAUGUUUAUACUAUUCAUCAACGCUAAAAUCCAAUUCCCGUAACCCUGUUUGCGUCGGCAUCACCCGUUCCCUUCCCAAAGUACCUCGCUACUAUGUUGGAGAAUCUGAGAUGGAAGCUUCCAAAGAGGGAAGAAGCCUUGCUGAUUUUAGAUAUGGUUGUGUUGGUUACUCUGUUUAUUCGGAUAUGAAAAAUCAAAAUGGUGAUUCACAAGAUACACAAAAGGAGUUGCCAGUUUGUGUUGGAAUCGAGGUUCUUGUGGAUAGAAAAGUCACCAAUGCCAACUCGGCUCCUACUCAUGCUCAUGCUCAUAAUCAUAAUAAAGAUAACCAUGCAAUCCCACAACCACGAGUAAACAGGCCUGCUGCUCAAUCUACAUCAUCAGAUGAUUUCUUUAGUAGAUUUACGCGAAAUGCAAAUGUAGUUGCAUCAGGGGUAGCAAAGAAUGUGCGCAAAGUUGGGAAUCAAAUAAAGGAAAGUGUUGAUGACAUUUUGUAUCCUUAUCGAAGAAGACCAAAGUAAUAAAAAUAAAAUAAAUGGAAAUUAUUUAUCCAUACAGACUGAAGCCAUUAAAUCAAGUUUACCAUGAGGUCAACAAUGGUAAUAAAGAAGAUCAAGAAUCAUGAAUCAAAGAUGCAAAAAGUUUCAUUGGUUCUCAUAAUGUGUUAAAACUAAAAUAUGCAUCAUACUACUAUUUUUGUACACUUACUCAUAAUUUGCAGAAAUGAGCUCCAU